CUCGGGUGAGGACGUUUCCUCAGACCGCCGUCUCUGGGCCGAGGUGCCGGCUGAACGAGGAGGGCCGUCCACUACCUUUCAGACGAGGGUACCCUAGAAGCUUCGUCUUCAACGUCCUGCCACGAUCUGGAACGCCGCGCCGCCGACUCACUGAACACGAUCGAUUCUGCCGACACACCGACUCGCGGUGUUGAUGUCCGACGCAGUUCCAGACCGGGACAAAGGGCCGACGGAGGAGCCGGAGCCGCACGAGCUGCACUGCGUCCACCGGCCGGGUCAGUCGACAGAGCGGGUGGUCCAACAGUGUGUGGACGGUACUGAGCUCUGUCCACCGGAGCCGACCACGGCGGAGGCGGCGAAUAUCAGAUGGAGAUGACAGAUGUGCGUGAAGACCUGGCCGCCCUUCGCCGGGAGGUGGCCGCACUGAGCAAAGUGGUGGCCAAAGUCCAGGGGGAGUACGCCGCACUUCACGGUGCGAUGGUCCGCCUGGAGCAGGCAGUUAUCGAGGAGCGGACCACUCGCCAGACCGUGGUGGAGGAUCUGCGGCAGGAGGUCCGCCGGCGAGCGGCGCCAUCCGGCCGUCCCCAGGGUAGGGCUAGAAAACUUGCCAAUGACGUCACGGUACAGACGGAGCCCCAGCCAUCGGCAGUCAGUGACGUCACGGUACAGACGGAGCCGCAGCCACCGGCACACAGUGAUACCACAGUGCUGAGAGAGGCGCUAAGGACCGUGACGACGUUCGACGCUCCGUCAGCCCUUGGCGAGGAUCAGCUGACGGCGCUCCUGCAGAGUCUUCCCCGCUUGGAGGAGCUGACCGUCAGGGUCCCGUCCUUCGGAACGGGGCGGUGGCUGCGGCUGCUGCCGACGUCACUGAGGACGCUAUACGUUGCCGGGCCGGAGGUGACGAAGUCGAUGUGGCCUGGACGGUACGGGAGUGGUCUGUCAGUAUCUCUCCAGGGAGUGGCUGCCGACACCAUCAGUCACCUGGCCACGGAGCUGGGGUCACGGAUUACCCUACUAGUCACGGAUGCACAAGUGACUACUAUCCCAAGUCAACUUCGUGGUGCCAUCAUCAGGGUGGGCCCAAACACUGUCAUCCUUCCGGCCGGAGUCGGUGACAGCGAGCUGACGAAGCUGCGGAGCUCACGGGAGACUGUGAAACGCCUGUCAGUCUCCGCCGCCGACCUCCCGCGACUGAGGGGACAGCUGCCGGAGGGUCUCAGCUUCCUCAAUGUCAGAGGGCCGGAGGUGACGGAGCCGAGGUGGCCGGAAUUAAACCCGUUGGUUCGUGGUCUGUCAGUGUCGCUCCAGGGGGUGGCUGCCGACACCAUCAGCCGCCUGGCUGACCUGGGACGGACGGUCACAGUACUGGAGAUAUACGGUGAGCAGCGGCAGCACGGACAGACCGCUGAUAUACGGGCUCAGUGAAUGGCGGACACCGAGUAACGGUGUGCCGUUGUCGGACCUCAUGGAGACAGGUGUGAUACAUAGCCAAUGUGCUUUACGAAAUAAUGAAGCUAACUGAGCUCCAAAAUGGAGGAGGACUGUUCACUCAGUGACAUAUUCGUUCAGAGUUAGUUGAUCAUACUCAUAACAAUUGUGUUGCACUGUUCAAUUAACACGCGCAGUGGAAGGGUUGCGAGUACUACGCCCAGUGGAAGGGGGGGGGGGGGCGGAUGUCGCCCCCCCCUAAGAUCUCAGCUCCCACUGGAGCUAGAAAGACGAAAUUUGGAGGGUAGGUGAAGGCCAUGGGGAACUCUGUUGUGUGUGAAUUUCAUGACCCUAGGUCAAUAUCUUCAAGGUCAAAUGAGGUCAAAUGUGGUCAAAUCUGCCAUAUUAGCGACUUUUUUGCGUUUACACGCCGAUAACUCAAAAAGUUACCGGCCGAUUUUUUUAAUGUUUCAUUAUACGAAAGAGCAAACAUUUGUGAGUAUGUAUGGUGAAUUUCUAGAUAAUCCAAC